UGAUUUGCACAGCUAUAAAGGCAGGCGCUGGGGAAUUUCAUUCAUUCAGACAGUUCAGGAGCUCCUUGUUGAAUUAGCCUUGCACUGUGACAAUGUGCUGCAAAAACACAAUGCAGAUCUCAUGCUGGAAGGUCAGGUGUACGGCUCUGUGCUUCACUUACCUAUUCAUCAGUGGUGUGCAGCUCAGGCCUUUUGUGGAAAAAGAAAAGAAAAUGCAACUAGAAGCAGUGAAGAAAGGAAUUUUGGAUCAUUUGGGACUGAACAGCCCUCCAGUCAUCAGGGAGAAAUUGGACUUGGAUGAAAUACGCAAAAUGUACUCUCUCUACCAGGAAAAGUUAAUGGAACUCAGGGGAAAUAUGAGCAAAGAUGGAAUCCCUGAGAGAAUAGUACAUCUACUGACACCCACAUUACAAAAAAAGACACUAAUGGCAAGAAAAUUGGAAAUACAACAAGAAAGCAACAGCCACAGGUACAAUCUUGUAUUUUCGAGAACUCAAACAUUUCAUCAAGAGCUGAGUGUCAUGAGAGCUGAACUAAAACUAUGCAAGAAUAUCCUGUCUACAUUAAAAACGGUUGAGAGUAACUCAACCACUCAACCCAUGGUGAACAUUUAUAAAGUGAUAGAGUCUAACGAGAGGGAUGGAAAGGAAGAGCAUAAAUUACUUGACUCUAAACCGCUUGAUAAAGAAACAUUAAUGUUAAAUGUUGCGUCUGCUGUCCAGCAGUGGGUAGCAAGCUCAGAGAAAUGUCUUCGGCUUGAGCUAGUCAUUCCAACAGAUUUCUCUUUUGUAACCAAUGACAGUAAACAAAAAGAAAAGAACGAUGACCUUAUUUUAGAAGUAGAGACACAAGAGAGGACACAUUCCAACAUAAGGAAGUCCAGAUCACUUCCUGCAGAUGAGGAGUGUAAAAAAAGUGAAAAGAAAUGCUGUCGUAAAUCCUUGCGAGUGUCUUUCAAGGAGAUUGGCUGGUCAGAUUGGAUCAUUGUUCCAGAGACAUACACAAUGCAUUUUUGUGAUGGUUCCUGCCCACAUAAUUAUAAGCCAGCAAGCAUGCAUGCUCAGAUCAAAUACAGGAUGCAUCACAUAUCUAAUGGAGCUACCCCAGCUCCUUGCUGCGUUCCUGCAAGCUAUGAACCUAUGGUACUUAUGCAUUACAAUACCGAAGGCAAACUAACUUUAACUCCAUUUGAGGACAUGAUUGUUAGGAAGUGUCACUGUGCCUGAACGCGUACCUACAUUGUGUUAGAUGUAUUUCUGGAAAAGGAGAUUAGAGGUCAACACUGUGAAGCUGUCUGACAAAACCUGCAACACCUUAUGUCAUCGUAAAAUGCUGUCUAAAGAAUACCAAAUGAAAACAUAUGGAGAGUGUCAACCAGCUAAAAUGGCACACCAAAAAUGUGCUCCAAAACAGAUGAUUCCUUUAGCAUUGAACAUUGUUUACUAAAGAACAAAAUGUGUAGCAGAACUGUGUUCACUAAAUAUCCUUGACUUCAGCAUUCAUAUUAGAGUGCUUUGAAACAUUUUUACAAUGCAUCUCUACAGUUAGGGCUAUGAGCAAAAUUCUGUAUGAAUAAUAUGUGUAUCUAUAACCUCUGCUUUGAAAUUAGAUGAAGCAAAAAAUAGGGUGCAUUCUGUCUGUGACAAAAUAAGGGUUGUGUAUUUAUAAUUGAAAAGUUGUUAUUAGACUUUUCUAUCAGUUGCAUGUGAUGCACAAUACAGCUGAUAGAAUAACACAUAUCUGGGGGCAUGAAAUGCUGAUUCCCAGUAGUUAAAUAUUUUUUACAUUUAUCAAGACUUUUCCCUUCAAAACAUAUACCUGUUUCAAUUCAUCAGAAAGUGUUGAACUGCUUUGAUCACAUGAAGGCCAAUCUGUUGUAUAAAGUAAUAGUGCUCCUCAGCAGGGCUGUAAUCUCUAUUCUCUGUAUUGGUGCAUGGGGUGCAACUUUAUGGGAGGCAGACCUUGUGUGAUUAUAUAAACAAAUACUCUUAAAAAAUCCCCCCCAUCCUGCCGAUGGACAUGUGAGGCUAAAUCCAGCAGUAAAGGUCGGGGGGAGGGGUGGUACCCCUUUCUUAUAUUAUUGGUGCAUGUGCCAAUAUAGUGGAGGUAGUAGACAGAUGGAGGCUACUUUUUACCAAACUUGAUAAAUCAUCUCCUAAAUUAUGACAGCAAGUUUAAGGGGCACAUUUACUAUUGGUCGAAUAUCGAAGGUUAAUUAACCCUCGAUAUUCGACCGUCAAAGU